UGUGCCACGUGACUUCAAAGCCACCGACACAAGUAUUGUCGCUAAAAGUAUAGAAGGCAGAAGACGGGAUUUCUGGUGAAUGACAGUGAAAAAUGGGAUUUCAAAUAUUAGGAUGUAUUGUUUUCUUUAUUUGUAUACAAUGUAAUCAAUCACUGGAUCCACUCUGUACAAGUAGUGUUCAGGGGUGUGUUAUGAGCUUUCAGACGGGCGUUCAACAAGUUGGUGGCAAUGCAACAGAAACUUGCAAACAAGUGGAUAUUUUUAUAGCUUGUUUAGACAGAGUGUUACAACCAUGUGAUCUAGCUACAAGAUCUUCGUUACUCAGUGCCAUGGAUAAUCUCAUUAAUAACUAUGAGAGGGCGCCAUAUAGUUGUACAUUAGAAUCGAAAGAUAAUGUAACACUAUCAGAUUGUACACUAGAGAUUGGUAACUGUGCUGCUUAUGAUUUACAAGCUAAGUCUACUACCGACAAUUCUAGACAAGCAUGUAGUUAUCAUGAGAUAUAUAAAACAUGUAUGGCUGAGAAUACAACAACAUGCAAUGGUACUGAUAGAGAUGACAUAAACGAAGCUCUUACUAAUUCUACUACAAUAAUGACUGACUGUCCCUUUAACUGUUAUGGUGAGAAGCAAUGCGAAUCGACGACUGUUACCAUACCAGAUGAUGAUCUGACAGGUAACCCCAAUGACACCCAGUUACCUCUUCUAGAAGGCUCCGUUACUCAGUAUUAUAGUGAUAAUGAUAUUGAAGCUUCCAUAACAAUACCCGAUGCAACUCAAAAUGUUAACUUAGGACACUUUGCCACUGCCUAUACAUAUCAAUCUAUGAGCUACGAUCCCAGAAAUAACUUUACCACACCGUCUUCAAACCCAUCACGUACAUCUUCCAGAACACGAGGAACAUCCCUAACACCAUCAGUAGAGGAGGAACAAACAACGCCAAAGAAUGGGGAUAAUAAACACACACCAACUAAACCUAUCGGAGGUAAACCCAAUACCAACGCCUACCCUUUUAGAACUAGCAGUAUUCUUAGAUUUACUACCAAAGAAAGCACGAGAAAGAAUGUUGAUAACACAGAAAGGAGUACUGUGAAUUGGGACAAUUAUGGUAACAACGGCGCUGCCAUCGUAUCCUAUGCCUUAUUUUUACUAGUUGUCUCUACACUGAUAGCUGUCAUGUUCAGAAACUAAGAAAUAUUAUUUGUCGAAGAAAAACACAGUGCUACAGUGAAAUUAAUUUAAAUCAAAUGUAAUAUGCAUAAUUUGUUAUAUAAAGCAAACAAUGUUCUCAAUCUGGUAGUACAGCAAGUAGAGUUUCUCACUUUCGGUUUCAUUGUAUAGCUGGGAUAGUUAAUUUUAAAUGCGCUGUCAGGAUAAUAAUUCACAUUGCUGAAAUAAAUUACUAUUUUCUUUCUUAA